AUGGUUGCGACUCAAACAGUAACGAUAGAGACGGUCUCUGUCGUCCGACCACUUAAGAUAAUUUCGUUGAUUUGUCUUCUGAUCGCAAUCGUUCUCUCAGUUGUCUCGAUCGCUACCACAUCGUGGCUGAGGAGUGGGAGUUUUCGAACAGGUCUUUUCCAAGAGUGUACUUCAACGAAUGAACCCUCUGGAUCGGCACCAUUUGAUGGUGCUCCAGCUCCAGGUCAGUGCCACUCACCAAAUCGGGAUUCAGCUUUCAUCAAAGCCGUUGCCGGUUUAAUGAUCUCCGCUCUCAUUCUCACAUUCUUUGCAGCGAUACUAAACGUUUGUGGGUUGGUAAAAUCGGAUGUCCGACGCAAAUAUAUCUUCUACAAAUUCGCCACAUAUCUUGCUAUUUUCUGUGUUUUAAUUGAAUUGAUUGCACUGAUCGUUUUCCCGGCUUGCUUUUAUGUGAAAAUGAGAGAUUAUAAAAGUCGACGAGAUUGGGAGGUUGAUUGGUCGUAUGGAUUAGCUUGGGGUGCGACUCUUUUCACAUUUGGUGCCUCGUUGAUGUUGAUUUGUGAUAAAGAACAUGAAGAAAUCUAUUAUAAAGAGAAAACAAUUUACAAUCCACCACCAGAACUUUCA